CGCUCCCCCCGGCUACACCCAGACCUCCUCCAGCCCCUCACCCGCCCCUCUUCUCCCCUCCACGCCCGAUAAUACAGCAGGGGCUGCGGGAGGGGGACUACUUGUCGUCGCGGAGGCGGACUGGGCGGUGCUGUCGUGCAGCCAUCUUUGGUCCAUUCCGUUUCUCAGCUGCGGCUUUGCUGAGUCGUGUUCGGCAGAGGCGUCUCCGGCUGCGGCACCUGCACCAUGGAUGAGGAGUACGAUGUCAUCGUCCUGGGCACCGGCCUGACAGAAUGUAUUUUGUCCGGCAUCAUGUCUGUUAAUGGAAAGAAAGUUCUGCACAUGGACAGGAACCCGUACUAUGGAGGAGAGAGCUCCUCAAUCACCCCACUGGAGGAGCUCUACAAAAGGUUUGAGAUCCCAGAUGGACCUCCCGAGAGCAUGGGCAGGGGACGUGACUGGAAUGUGGAUCUGAUCCCUAAAUUUCUUAUGGCUAAUGGCCAGCUGGUGAAGAUGCUGCUGUACACUGAGGUCACUCGCUACCUGGACUUCAAAGUCGUUGAAGGAAGCUUCGUGUACAAAGGAGGGAAGAUCUACAAGGUCCCAUCCACCGAAACCGAGGCCCUGGCCUCCAACCUCAUGGGGAUGUUUGAGAAACGCCGCUUCCGCAAGUUUCUGGUCUUCGUGGCCAACUUCGACGAGAACGACUCGAAGACGUUCGAAGGGGUAGAUCCGAAAAGCACCACCAUGCGAGAUGUGUACAAGAAAUUCGACUUAGGGCAGGAUGUCAUUGACUUCACAGGCCACGCUCUGGCGCUCUAUAGAACCGACGAUUAUCUGGAUCAGCCAUGCCUGGAAACCAUCAAUCGCAUCAAGCUGUACAGCGAAUCCCUGGCAAGAUACGGAAAGAGCCCCUAUCUGUACCCUCUGUAUGGACUGGGUGAGCUGCCUCAAGGAUUUGCCAGGCUCAGUGCCAUCUACGGCGGGACGUACAUGUUAAACAAGUGCGUGGACGAGAUUGUGAUGGAGAAAGGAAAAGUCGUUGGAGUAAAGUCAGAAGGGGAGGUGGCGCGUUGCAAGCAGCUGAUCUGUGACCCCAGCUAUGUUUCCGACCGAGUGCGCAAGGCUGGUCAGGUGAUCCGCGUCAUCUGCGUCCUCAGCCAUCCCAUCAAGAACACCAAUGAUGCCAACUCUUGCCAAAUUAUCAUCCCACAGAACCAGGUCAACAGGAAAUCUGAUAUUUAUGUCUGCAUGAUUUCGUAUGCACACAACGUGGCGGCACAAGGGAAAUACAUUGCUAUCGUCAGCACCACGGUAGAGACAACUGAGCCCGAGAAGGAGAUUGAACCGGCACUGGAGCUCUUGGAGCCUAUAGAUCAGAAAUUUGUUGCUAUUAGCGAUCUGUAUGAACCCACUGAAGAUGGCUCCGAAAGUCAGGUGUUCUGCUCCUGUUCCUACGACGCCACCACGCACUUCGAGACCACGUGCAACGACAUCAAAGACAUCUACAAGAGAAUGACCGGAACAGACUUUGAUUUCGAGAAUAUGAAGCGCAAGCAAAACGACGUUUACGGGGAAGAAGACCAGUGAACGUGGGGAGGGGGGUUGUCGGAUCGGGGGUGGGCGGGUUAGCAGUAAGGUACAACUGAUAAAACAACUAGGGUGUGUUGGAAAGGAGGGGCAGUCGGAAGGUUUAGACAAGCAUGUCGGGGGAAUCAUGUCUUACGAUAAAGUUGGAAAUGGAGGUGGCAUAGGAAAGGGGGAGGGGGCGGGGGACAUAUUUGCUAAAGCUUCCAUUUUCCCUUUUCGUCCUCGUGAUUCCAGGUUAACUUUUUAAGUCCUGGGCUAACACUGUGGUGGAGCUUCAGCCUACAGAGCGCCGCGAGGUCCAGUAUCUCGUGGGCCUCAUCGAAACGUUUACAUUGCUAGUGCACAUUCCUUUGCAGUCUCACUAAACCAAGUAUAAAACGUAUCCCUUACCGCUUGGGCUCAGGCUGGCUGGAUCCCAGGGGUGGACACGGACUUGCUUUUCUUCUAUAGGAACGGGUCCAUUUCACAGACGCUUACGGCAGAUUAUAUCUUAAGUGUUGGGUUAGUCUAGGAUAUAUAUAUACGUUUAUCAUAAAGGUGAUUUCUCGGGGAUAGCAAUAUUAAUGUAAAAAAAUAAUAAUAAUUUGAAUUCCAGUGCUGAAAUCCUUCCAGUGACCCUUGAUUUCGGUCCCACUGCCAGGGAGGGCUUCCCACAACACGAAGACUGGAAAGGUGGACGAACACCUCUCGUAGCGUGCCUUCAGGAGAGACUCCUGCAGAACAUUUGGUAGAGUAGUACGUACGGAGAGCUGCUUUAACGGGACCAAGGCGAGGUCCUUUAGCAAAAUGAGUCUUUGGUUGUUUGCAAUUGUACAUUCCAGCGCCCAUGUCGUAGCCUUCCUCUUCAGCCGCUACGAGGUAAGCUUUUGAGCCUUAGCUCGUAUCUCACGCGGGUGGACCAGUGACGCAGGGGCAGAAGGUUUCAUAUCGCGGUUUUACGCCUGAUCCACUUUGUAGAUUUCCGAAUCUGCUGCUGCUCCUCCAUAGCUUCCAUGUCCUCCAUCUCGAGUGUUUCUCCCUAACAAGUGGCUUAAAAAGUUACACUAAAUAUAUGACCUUCCUAAUCCCUAAUUUAUUUAACUUAUUAGUGAACAGGUCGAGGAAAUACGCGAAAAUAAAAAGAUCAGCUCCUAGUAAACGCCGAUCGUAGCAUCCAGUGGGGUUAUGGCUGAUGGGUUGCUAUAGGCAAGAAAUUCUGAAUGGAUUAAAGGUGCACUAACAUUUCUGUCAUGUUCCCGUCACAACACUACGCAAAAUCCUACACUAAACUCUGAGGAGGCCGCGAUUGUGACCGUUUUUUUUUUUCAUUUGACGUGCGUUUCCGGUCGCUAGUAAAGGGCAGUGCAGAGAAUGAACCCAUCCCAACUGUGGAACGUUUUCUCAUAGGCGAGCAUCAGGGAAGUGACCGUAUCAACCAGUCAUCUAUGAGGUUCUUAUGGCCCAUGUGUUCCGGGUGCCCUAUGAGAUGCCUACUAAAAUAACGCGCGCACGCCAUGUCCUGUUUUUUUUUUUUUUUUUUUCGAACCAUUGAAGUUUUUCAUUAUAUUUCAUAGAAUGUUUGAUAAUCAUUUCGCAGAAGGAAUCACCGGCGUGGAUCUCGUCCCGCAGGGGGGGUUUCAGUGUAAACCGUGUCACUUAUAUUGUGUUCAUUGUAGACUUUGGAUCUUGUCCCGUUUUCGGUGUAGAGUACGCACCUCGUCUCCUGUGGUGGUCUCAGUAGGAUAUGGUUCUAGUCUGCGGUGGCGGUCACAAUGCAAUAUGGAUCCUGUGUCCGGUGGUGGGCCACCGUUGGUCACCAUGAGUGUUCCCUAAAUCAUAGCUCCUCGUCUGUGCGGUGGCCACCGUCAGGUGUGAGGUCCAUGAUGUUCUGAGGUGGCCACCCUAUAGACCGCGGUUGCUCCUCACGUGGUGGGCUUCUUCCAGAUACAGCUUCCUCCACCCCGCCGUCUGUACUACUUCAGUUGAACAGUUUGGUUCUCCUUUCAUCCUCUAUUUAUCGGCUUCUUUGCAUUGUCCGCCGCCCUAUAAAAAUACAGAACUUCUUACUCGUAGAUAUUCCUCAUUUACUGUGUUUGACAUCAACAAUAUCAAUAAAAAAUGUCGUGGAGA